AUGCCUGGAGAUGCAGCCGUCGAAAACGGGCCUCCACCAGAUGAAAAAUUUACUAGCCUCAUGGCGGCAGUACGAAAGCAGGGAGAUGGGGAAAGGCCAAUACCGAUGGGGAGAAGGCAUAUUAGGAUCGAAAUAACACCACCUUACAUGGAUAUUAUUCAAUACUAUUUGGAUUCCCAAUAUCAUCAGAUCAAACCUUCCAUUCUGGAUCCGAAAGUUCACUAUUUCCUCAUGCAAGGUGCUUUUCUUCACUAA